GUUGCCCGCGCUCCCAGGAUCAGGAAGCUCCCGCCCUCCCCGGGCCGGUUCUGGGCAGGUCCCAGCCAGAUCUGACUGCUCUGCCCCAGCUGCACCCGCCACGGGGCUGCGUGACGCAGGAGGCAGGAGGAGGGGAGAGGCCCGGCGCCAGCCCUUCCGCCGCCCGGUGACUCAGCGCCCCCGCCCGGCACAGCAGGACUUUGGCCCCUGCCAGCCUCCCUCCCGGAUCCCUGCAAGGUCCCAGGAUGCAGGGUGCCGGGGCCCCCAGGGGCCGGGGCCAGGCCCCCUCGGGGGUGGGCGCCCUGGGCCGGCCCGGGGUCCUCCUGCUCAUCUACGUGCUGACCACCCUGGACCUCACCUGCCUCUUCAUGCAGUUCUCCGUCCUGCCGUACCUGUCCCGCACGCUGGGCCUGGACUCCGUGGCCUUCGGCUGCCUGCAGACGGCCUUCGGGGCGCUCCAGCUGCUGGGCGGGCCCCUGUUCGGCAGGUUCGCAGACCAGCGCGGGGCGCGGGCCGCCUUCACCGUCUCCUUCCUGGCGGCCUCGGCGCUCUACCUGCUCCUGGCGGCCGCCUGCAGCCCGGCCCUGCCCGGCGUGGCCCUGCUCUUCGCCUCGCGCCUGCCCGCCCCGCUCAUGCACACGCUGCCAGCCGCCCAGAUGGUCAUCGCUGACCUGUCGGCGCCUGAGGAGCGCCCCACGGCCCUGGGCCGCCUCGGCCUCUGCUUCGGCGUCGGCACCAUCCUCGGCUCCCUGCUCGGGGGGACCCUGAGCUCCGCGUGCGGGAUUCAGUGUCCAGCCCUCGUGGCCCUGGUGGCCAACCUCCUGGGAGCCACCCUCAGCGCCACCUGCAUCCCCACCAGCACCAAGGGGGCCGGCGCCCACGCCCAGGCCGCCCCGCCAGGCGUCCCCAAGGCCAGCGUGUUUGACCUGAAGGCCAUCACCCGCCUGCUGCUGCGGCCGGGCGUCCUGCCCGUGUUCCUGGUCAAGGUGGUCUCCGGCUUCCCCUCCGGGCUCUUCAUGGUCAUGUUCUCCAUCAUCUGCAUGGACUUCUUCCGGCUGGAGGCCGCCCAGGCCGGCUACCUCAUGUCCGCCUUCGGGGUCCUCCUGAUGGUCAUCCAGGGCCUGGUCAUCGGCCGGCUGAGCAGCCGCUUCUCGGAGGCCGCGCUGCUCCGGGCCAGCGUGCUGGUCUUCAGCGUGGUGGGCCUGGCCAUGGCGCUGAUGUCCAACGUGUUCCAUUUCUGCCUCCUGAUGCCCGGCCUGGUCUUCGGCCUGUGCACACUCAACGUGGUGACGGACAGCAUGCUGACCAAGGCCGUCUCGGCCUCGGACACCGGGACCAUGCUGGGCCUCUGUGCCUCCGUGCAGCCGCUGACCCGCACACUGGGGCCCACCCUGGGGGGCCUCCUGUACCGCGGCUUCGGAGUCCCCGUCUUCGGCCACGUGCAGUUCGCCGUCAACCUCCUGGUCUUCCUGGCCCUCUGGAGGCAGCCCACACCCCAGAAGACGGACAAAGUCCGGUGACCUUGGCCCCUGGGCACAGACUGGCAAUAAAUUCCCUGGGCACCA